AUGGAGCUUUCAGACGAGUUUGACCCUUCAAUUCCGGUUAUUCUACCGCACGAGAAUGUAUACUUAAUCCAGGUGGGCUACAAGCUAUUUAGAUUCAGUGGUGCUAGUUUACUGUCGGAUGCUCCGUCCUACUUCACCAACUACUUCCUUAACUCCCAAAAUGCUGAAAAGGUUCUUUACAUCGACAGAAACCCACAGGUGUUCGAGAAAAUCUUCUCCCACUUGCAAGGGUAUCAUAUAGAUGUAGAAGACGCCCAUGAGUAUGUUUACUUAUGGCUGGACAGUUACUAUUUCGGCCUACGCCGAUUACAGAAGUUGUUGGAUAGUGAAUUCACGUUUGCUUGUAUCGGAAAUGAAUCGUUCAAGAUCCCCAAACAAUUGUUCGAUAGAACAAACAACUACCCCAACUACUUUCUGAUCAAUUUCGAUAGUUUAUUAUCAGACAAUCGAAAGAUCAUUCAAAGCAAGUCAAUGCUCAGGCCUCCGCCACAGCGUCCGCCAAUGGCUCCCUUGAGGUCUUCUAAGCUAUUUGGGGACCUAUUGGAAAUUCUUAAAGGCAAUGAUAGCACUAUCAAAGACGAUGAGCAUCGCCAAGCCUUGCUUAAAGAAUGUCGCUACUACCGUUUCCUUGAGUUGGAACAAAGAUUGCUUAAACAUGAGCUAAUAUCCAAUCCCUUCACCAAGGAGCAAGAGAUUGUGUUGAAUCUUUUUGAUCUACAGCCUAAAGGUGUCGUUAGUCGCUCGACUGGUUACCACGAUGAGCUUCCCUUGCGUUACACUCGCCCUUAUAUGAUCAAAGAAAAAGAGAGAAGUCUUAUAGUACAGGUGACAUUAGAAGCUGGCUCUACGUGUAAGCUUGCCCUUAAUCGGGACUCUCAUCUUACACUGCUUGUUUGCACUGGAAAGAUUGCCAAUGCCUUCCACAAUGUUUUCGGUUCGUUUGCUAAGGACCUUCUGCUUGAGCACCAACAAGAGGUGCAUGGCCAAGGAAGUAAUAAGUUCAUAACGUUAUGCGGCCUCUCCAAUGCGGCCACCGUUUUGAAUGGAAAAGAGCUCAAGGAUGACUGGUUUCUUGACUGGUUCAAGCAACCAGAAGAACCACUGAAUAAGAAAAGAAAAGCAGACAACGGAAGUCCCGAUGAAGACGAAUUGGUCGAGUUCCCAUUGACAAAGUCGCUCUGGAGAGUACUAGUAAGAGGAGACAGGUGUAGAUUCCAUGCUGUUUCCCUUGUUGGUUAUACCGGCCAGGCCGCCUUUAAUAAGAGCAUUAAGUUGCUUUGA